AUGGAAGGCAAGGUUUUCCAAAAGUUUAAUGUAUUACAGUGCUGCUACCAACAAAAUAAGCAGUUUAAGACACGAUACCAAAGAGAAACCGAACCAUACACCACGUCUGCUUUACUUCCCUGUCCAAGAGGGAAGCUUGCAUGGAACCUCAACUCUUCCAUGCGUGCCCACACUUUCUCAAAACACCACACCACUGCUAUUUCCAAGCAAACAACUUUUUACUGCAAUGCUGCUUUGUCAGAAAGUGCUACUGUGCCAUCUCUUGACAAAACUGAUUUUAUGAAGCUUCAAAACGGCAGCGAUAUUCGGGGUGUAGCGGUCUCUGGGGUUGAAGGGGAACCUGUAAGCCUUCCUGAACCAGUGACUGAAGCCAUUGCUGCUGCUUUUGGGCAAUGGCUUUUACACAAGAAGAAGGCUGAGUCCCGGCGUUUGAGAGUCUCUGUUGGCCAUGACUCUCGCAUCUCUGCACAAACCUUGCUGGAUGCUGUUUCUCGAGGUCUUGGUGGUUCUGGAGUAGACGUUGUGCAGUUCGGGUGA